GCCAGUCGCUCUCAAGUUAAAACGCACAACAACUCUUUACAUCAUUUCUACUGUGCCCGGUAUGAACAGCUCACGAAACAAACAGGCACCGACAGUCAGCAAAGGUCAGACGGACGCAGACACCGGCUCGGAGGCGAACCACAGGGAACGAAAGACUGGUGGAGGAAUGCUGAAAAAGCUGAAGUCGAGGCGCAGUCAAACGGAUAAAUGGCCUGUAGUCACAGAGGAUGAACUCCGGGCUCUGGGAAGAGAGAUUACCCCGGACAAUGUCCUGGGUCUCCGGGUAGUCACGGAGGACUAUCUGUGCAAACUUGAAGACAACAUCUACAACAUUGACUUCACACGUUUCAAAAUCAGAGAUCUGGAGACAGGAACGGUGCUGUUUGAGAUUGCCAAACCUCCAAACAGCGGGUCUGCGGAGGGUGAAGACGAGAGUGGAGAUGUAGACACCAGUGCAGGGCGUUUUGUCCGAUAUCAGUUUACACCAGCCUUCCUAAAACUGUGCACUGUUGGUGCAACUGUGGAGUUCACAGUGGGCGACCGGCCCAUUAACAACUUUCGUAUGAUUGAGAGACAUUACUUCCAGGGACGCCUUCUCAAGAACUUUGACUUUGACUUUGGCUUUUGCAUUCCCAACAGCCGCAACACAUGCGAACACAUCUAUGAGUUUCCACAACUUCCAGAUGACCUCAUUCGCCAAAUGGUGGCACACCCUUACGAGACCAGAUCAGACAGUUUCUACUUUGUGGACAACAAACUCAUUAUGCACAACAAGGCAGACUAUGCCUACAAUGGUGGUCUGUAAUACCCGCAGGGGAAAAUGUUUGCAAUACUUCCCAGGGGAUUGUUCUACUGCAUUACAACCAUCCAAAAGCUUCUUGUUGGGGGACAUAAAUAUUCUCUCCUUUGUGUAAAAUUUCCCUAAACGUGACAACUUUCUUCAGAAGCAACGGACCACAUCUGCCUUCAUAUCAAAUCAUGGAUCCUAUCGUCAUUAGAGCUCCGUUUCUGGGACUACGAGGAAUGUUCGGUCAGAUAUUUCUCUGUUAAAUCCAACUGAAACCUUUUUGUUCUGUCUUUCGGUUUGUCAUACAAGUAUCAUGUUACACUAUUUCCAUUCAGUUUCUUUCCGUCUCUGCUGGAAAGGGACACUUUGAGUCACAUGGCAAAGCCUGUUGACUGGGGUAGUUUUAACUUUAUUUACUCUAGUGUGUAGGUGUUUUCAGUUGAUGUUUAUUUGAACUACCUUUCGCAAGUGACAAUUGUUUCCGGUAUGGAAAAGCAAGCAUUAACUAGAUGUUUACAGUAUUGUAAGUCAUAGAUGAUCUUUUAAUUAAUUUUAGCACUAGUUGACAGUUUGAGUUUCAUUCUUGCUUAAAUAUCUACUAUUAGUUGUUGUUGUCAUCAGGACUGUUUGUGUCAGAUAUUUAAGCUUGGUUUCAAUUUCAUGAGGAACUUCAGGUCUUUAGUAGGACAUUUUUUUUUUAUUUAAGCAAAGCAUGAGCUCUUUUCAUGAUGCCAGGUGUCAUGUUUAACCUGCUAAUAUCUCUUGCAUUUUUAUGACAACAGUUUUCACAACCUCAUUGGCUGUCGACUGGGAAUCUACAGUAGUGUUUGUUCUAUAAAAUUCUGUAACCACUGCACACUGGGGGGAAAAAAUCAAGUCAGUAGCAAAAUCUGAGUUACUGGAAUUGGUUUAUACGGUAUCUAUGUCUAAAGCAGUUUGUUCUUCCUGAUUUCUUCACUCAAAAGUAGUACACGGUUAUGUAAUCCCUUGAAGGAUGUCUUCCUGGUUUAUUUGGCACAACAACACUGUGAAUCCCACUCUCUAGGAGCUGAGUUGGUCCAGCGGUGUGUUAUAAAGAUCCAACAUGUCUCUGAGUGUAUUUUCUGCUGCUCUAUGCUCAGUUUCUCAAUCUACCAAUGAAAUACCCCAACAACACACAGCAUGACAGUACAGAGUGACAGAGCGUGGUAGUUGAGUUGAGUAUUUUUAAUGAGAAAGUAGGGUAGAUUCAUAACUAGACCAGUUUCUCUGUUCAUGGAAGACUAUUCUGGUGGUUUUGCAUAUUGUAGCCCAUUUACUACAAAUUGUGUGUGAUGUUUUUGUUAUACAUUUUUCAAUCUAUUAGGUGCACCUUCACAGCCCUACAAUAAAUCUUUCUCAGUUAAGCUUGCAAUGCUCAUUUUUGGUUAUACUUUUUAAUCUAAAAAGGUGUUUGAGAUUUGGUUAUGUGGUCAUGGUUGUGGUGCUGUUGAAUUGUAUUCCAUCUACUGAAUGGUGUUCCUGAAAGGUUUGGAUGUCUGUAGUUCAUAGAACACACCAACAAUGAGGAGUUUGAACAUAAGUAGGCCUGCCUCUCAUUUCCAGUUUAACUAUCCACCAUGAUUAUCUAGUUCUACAUCUCUGAUAUUUCAUAUCGUACAGACAUGAAUGGACAUCAGUGGCUGCCUGAAAGGGAGGCAGGAAAGAAUUCUAAAACCUUGUAAAUGGUCAGCAUCACUUUACACUUGUAAUGUUUUAAAUCAUGCAAAACCACUGGAACAGUCUGGAUGUUGUUUUCAAAACUAAUGAUUCUCUUACCAUACAUUGUAACAUAGUUUCUUUGUGCCUUAUGUUAUUCAGGUGUUUGAUAUGUUUUUUUUUAUGCAAGAGAACUUUGUGCAUCAUCUACCUGUAUGGCAAACACGGCAUUAACCUAAAGGGUAGAGAAUUCCCCUUCAGCUUCUUGCAGCCUAACUGGUGUCUUACAGAAUGCAUUGAGUCAUUUCAUAUCUUAUAUACUUUUUUUUAAUUUUUUUAAUUAGUAUAGAAUCAGUGACAACUUAUUGUGUAGUCCAUUUAUAACUCCGACAAGUGUGAUAUCAGGCACGCACUUGUACAAUCUUAGCCUUCAAACCUAUGACCUAUACAACACAAAUCUUUUGUCAAUUGGACUCAAUGGAUGCAUCUUAGUUGGACUGCUGGUAAGCCGCACUGGUGUUGUAGAAGCAUUUGUGGGAACAUUUUGCAUUGUUUGCCAUACAGUAUCAGUCAGGGGUAUUUUGUCAUAUAAUCUAAUGACCUAAAUGCCUUGAAAAGUAGAUACACUUUACAUUUCUGCACAAAAGACCAAAUGACCCAAUAAAUGUAUGGAUCCAUGCUGUAACCUGUUGCAUAGACUACUCCUUUUAGAUUGGCUACUUUUACAAAUUAUACAUGCACGUCGUGUUAGACCUAUUGUAAAUAAAAAAUGGUGCAAAA